CCCAAGGUUGGCGGGGACAUGCCGGACGGGCCGCGGCCGGGCUGGUUCCACGUGCCAGCGCCGGGCGGCUCGGAGACGCGGUACGCGGAGCUCAAGGAGUCGCUAGAGGCGCGGCGCGCGGACGCAGGCGGCACCAAGCUGGCCACCGUGUGCGAGGAGGCCCAGUGCCCGAACAUUGGCGAGUGCUGGAACGGAGGCACUGCCACGAUCAUGCUGCUCGGC